UUCAAUGAUGCCCUGUUGUAUACUACUCCAGUUCAGUCAGGGAUGUAUAAACUCAACAACAUGCUGUCGCUGGCCGGAAUGAAGGUUAAAAAGCCAACCCAGGAAGCGUAUCAGAACGAACUGAACAUUGAAAGCGUAGAGAGAUCCUUCAUUCUUUCAGCAAGUUCUGCUACAGAAAGAGAUGAAUGGUUAGAAGCCAUCUCCAAGUCAAUUGAAGAAUAUACAAAAAAGAGAAUCACGUUUAAUCCUAGCAAAAGUCUUGAAGAGGCAGAUCCAGAGAAACAGGAAGAAGAUAGUCCUCUGGGAUCAAAGGCUCCGAUCUGGAUCCCUGAUACUAGAGCCACUAUGUGUAUGAUCUGUACAAGUGAAUUCACCUUGACAUGGAGAAGGCACCACUGCAGGGCAUGCGGAAAGAUUGUCUGUCAGGCUUGUUCAUCAAAUAAACAUGGCUUAGACUAUAUGAAAAACCAGCCAGCAAGGGUAUGUGAUCAUUGCUUCAGGGAGCUACAGAAACAAGAUAACCAGUGCACUCCGAAGAGCGGGUCCCCAGUCAACCAUAAAUCUCCAUCCAGUGCCUUGUCUACAGUCUUACAUAGUAUUCCCUCUGGAAGGAAGCAGAAAAAGAUUCCUGCAGCCCUCAAAGAAGUUUCAGCAAAUACAGAAGACUCUACGAUGAGUGGCUACCUACACAGAUCUAAGGGUAGUAAGAAACCAUGGAAACACCUAUGGUUUGUUAUAAAAAAUAAGGUGCUAUACACUUAUGCCGCUAGUGAGGAUGUGGCAGCGUUAGAGAGCCAGCCUUUACUUGGAUUCACAGUCAGUGAAGUAAAAGAUGAAAACUCAGAGUCCAGAGUGUUCCAUUUACUGCACAAAAACACUUUAUUUUACAUAUUCAAAGCAGAUGAUCCCCAUUCAGCUCAAAAGUGGAUAGAAGCUUUUCAGGAAGGCACCAUAUUAUAG